AUGAAGAGACUUCCCUUCUUUUUUACCCUUUUAGGGUCAGCAAGCAUCAUUUCAGGAGUCGACAACGCUCCAGAGCCAGAUACAUGGUGUAUGACAUACCUUUCCACGUAUCUUGUUCCUGUUUACAACCAAGCUAGUUCGUUGGUAAUGACAAAGCUUGCGGCAGAGUCUGGUAAACAGCCGAUCGCGCCCUCUUUGAAGUCUACAUUCUUUGGGAAUACUUCGACUCAGCGGACCGAGACAGGAUUUGAUACGAGUCUUCCAACCUCGUUUGUUCUUCGAGAGACCUCUGUGGCUUCUGAAUUGUCCUCAGAUAGCCUUGGGUCCUCGACCUUGGGCAUUGAACCGUCGCUCGCUGCAACAGAAUCCGACGGCUCGAUAACCCCGCCGCUGACUGACGAAGUUGUGCCUUCCUCCACCACCGACACAAAUGCGAUUCCAACCUCGAGUGGUCUUGUUGAGCCGGCUGGACGAUCCGUCAUAUUCCAGGUCUCCGUUACCGGCAAUGAGAAGCGUAACAUACACAAACGACAAGUAACUGGGGGUUUUGUCGGUAACGAUAAGCCCAAAAGCUGUACAUUUGCUACAACCUUUAUCCUUUCCGAAGGAAAGCUAUUCGAAGGAGGUGCACCUAUCUACUACUCAGGCGAAAGUUACAAGGAGCUAUCCGGACAAGAUGUCCCUGCCAGCGGGUCGAUAAUAAAGACAUUUGAAGACUCUGGCCGGCUUACAUUCAGAAACUCAGGCUUGCCAAACGGCAGGGCGGGAUUCUUGGGCCUGUUGGGUGCAUGCAUACCUGUCGAUCUAAUCGUAUACGACGUUGCACAAUGUCAAGAUGGCCGACUUAUCGGUGAUGAUGAACAUACUUCAACAAUCUCCGGGAGCUUUGCUCAAGAGACAACCACACUUGAAGAGACUGAUCCCCGAGUUACCUUUGACGUCGAGGAUACUACUACGGUAGACGUUACCACAUCCAACUCGGAACAUUUUGUAACUCAACCAGAGUUAAUCAGUACAUUGUCCCUUACUUCCGACUCUGGGGCAUCCGCCAUCACAUCGAUAUCUCAUUCAGAACCUUUGACCACCGAAGGUGGACAGCCAUCAUCUGAGUCAGAAUUCACUUUAUUCACAAGUACUACAGACGGACUAGAGAAUACAGCCUCUAUAUCCUCGACCGAGGCAGACACCACCAUCGACGAAGGUACCACGGCAAUUUCAGACACAAUUAGCGGGGAUACUACAACUACAACUACUGCCGACACUGAUACUACAGCUGCUGGUACUACGCCUGCAGAUACUACCACCACUAGCUCAGGUGCCCCCAAUCCUGAUUGCGCCAGUACCAGCAACCCAUAUACAGCUCCCAACGGUAUCACCUUUACCAUUGCUUGCAGUACCACCUUCUUCGACGUCGAUGUCCUAAGAUACAUUGGCGCAAACAACUUCCUUUCGUGCGUGCAGGCUUGUUCUGAGACAGAAGCAUGUGUGGCAUCUCAGUUCAAUGUACCCGCUUCCCUAUGCAUAAUACUAUCGCGAAUUUAUGUUGAAACAUCCCAGAGUAGUGAUGGUAACGAUGUUGCAAUCAAGGAUUCUACCAUCGCUGGAUCUACUACCGCGAAUUCAGAUACGACUAGCAUGGAUACUACAACUGUAGAGAUCACCACUGCUGAAACUACAACGGCAGAGACUACUACAGUAGAUUCCGCUACAGGAGAGACGACCACUGCUGAAGAGGCUACCACGGCAGAGCCUAUAAUUCCCGACACCACCACAGCCGAAACCACAACUGCCGAGCCCACGACUACCGAAAUCACCACCUCGGCCGCCCCUACAUCAACAACUCCUGCUACAGGAUGUAGCGCUCUCGACAACCCAGUGACAGUCGACGGUUCCACCUAUAACCUCUCGUGCAACACCGGAGUUGCCUGUUUCCCCAUUGACGAAUUUGACGGCAUCACCUUCUUUGCCUGUCUCCAGGCUUGCAGUCAAGAUGCCGGCUGUGAUAGUUUGUUAUACGAAAGGGACAACUCAUCAUGCAUUUUGUGUUCAACUAGCUUUGGCGCUAGUGUGAACAGUGAUUACGAUGUUGCGAAUAAACAAUAA